CAGCACGCUUUUCCGAAUGGUGGGACAAAUGGCCAGCCGCUGGCAGAGUCGUUUGUUGCCUGUUCGCGUAAUGGCCAUCCUCGAAAAUCGCCACAAGUUUUGAAAACCAAACAAAGGAAGAUCACUUAAUUUCCUGGGCGCGGUGAUUAAUAAAAACUAUAGAAAAUAAACCCAAUCAAGUGCAAUAAUAUCUAAUUAAAUCGCUGUGACUGUGGAUUGUGCAAGGAAAACUCUGGAACAGGAGUAUCAAUUUAAGGGAGUUACCUUUCUGAAGUUAACCGGAAACCAGGACACCCACUGAGAGGCAGGACAAGAUGUCGUCGGUUAAGGUGGCGGUGCGAGUGCGCCCCUUCAACUCGCGUGAAAUAGCCAGGGAGUCGAAAUGCAUCAUCGAGAUGGCGGGGGCCACCACGGCCAUCACCAAUCCAAAGGUGCCGCCCAACACAAGCGACUCGGUAAAGCGCUUCAACUUUGAUUACUCCUACUGGUCACAUGAUCACCACGAUGCCGAUUUCUCCACACAAUCGAUGGUCUACAAGGACAUUGGCGAGGAGAUGCUGCAGCACUCCUUCGACGGCUAUAAUGUCUGUAUCUUUGCCUAUGGCCAGACUGGAGCUGGAAAAUCAUAUACCAUGAUGGGCAGGCAGGAAGAGCAGCAGGAGGGAAUAAUACCCAUGAUAUGCAAGGAUCUAUUCACUCGCAUUCAGGAUACGGAGACCGAUGACCUUAAGUAUUCGGUUGAGGUCUCAUAUAUGGAAAUCUAUUGCGAGCGAGUCAGGGAUCUGCUGAAUCCCAAGAACAAGGGCAAUCUGCGUGUGAGGGAGCAUCCUCUACUGGGUCCCUAUGUGGAGGAUCUGUCUAAAUUGGCCGUCACCGAUUACCAGGACAUUCACGAUCUCAUUGACGAAGGCAACAAGGCUCGUACUGUGGCAGCCACCAACAUGAACGAAACCAGUUCCCGUUCCCAUGCCGUCUUCACCAUCUUCUUCACCCAACGUCGUUAUGAUACCAUGACCGAUUUGACCACAGAGAAGGUCUCCAAGAUUAGCUUGGUGGAUUUGGCUGGCUCGGAAAGAGCUGAUUCUACCGGUGCUAAGGGAACCCGUUUAAAGGAGGGAGCCAACAUCAACAAGUCGUUGACCACUUUGGGCAAAGUUAUCUCAGCCCUAGCGGAGGUGUCUGCUUCCAAGAAAAAGAACACCAAGAAGGCAGACUUCAUUCCCUAUCGUGAUUCGGCCUUGACCUGGCUGCUACGCGAAAACUUGGGAGGUAACUCCAAGACAGCUAUGAUUGCAGCUAUUUCACCAGCAGAUAUUAACUAUGAUGAAACUCUCAGCACCUUGCGCUAUGCUGAUCGCGCUAAGCAAAUUGUUUGCAAGGCUGUGGUCAAUGAAGAUGCCAAUGCCAAGCUUAUUCGCGAACUCAAGGAGGAAAUCCAGAAGCUGCGGGAUUUACUCAAAGCCGAGGGCAUCGAGGUGCAGGAAGGACCCGAUGGCAAAGUGGUGUGUGAGAAGCGCGAUGCGAAUAAGGAUGAGCUGAACAAGUCCACGGUGAUCAAGUCGUCGCCCACUAAGACACGUAAUCGCAAUGGAUCCACCACGGAGAUGGCAGUGGAUCAGCUGCAGGCCAGCGAGAAACUCAUUGCAGAACUCAACGAAACCUGGGAGGAGAAACUGAAGCGCACCGAGGAGAUUCGUGUGCAGCGAGAGGCGGUCUUCGCCGAGAUGGGCGUGGCCGUCAAGGAAGACGGCAUCACAGUGGGCGUAUUCUCACCCAAGAAGACUCCCCAUCUGGUCAACCUCAAUGAGGAUCCCAAUCUCUCCGAGUGUCUGCUCUAUUACAUCAAGGAGGGAUUAACCCGGCUGGGCACCCACGAGGCUAAUGUUCCCCAGGACAUUCAGCUCUCCGGUUCGCACAUCCUUAAGGAGCACUGCACUUUUGAGAAUCGAAACAGUACAGUGACCCUGCUGCCGCACAAGGAUGCCAUUAUCUAUGUAAAUGGACGCAAGUUGGUUGAACCGGAGGUCCUUAAGACCGGCUCUCGUGUGAUUCUGGGCAAGAACCAUGUGUUCCGUUUCACCAAUCCGGAACAGGCUCGCGAAUUGCGUGAGAAGAUCGAGACCGAGAAUGAGGCGGAGAACGAGGUGGAGAAGACGGAUACCCAGCAGGUGGACUGGAACUUUGCCCAGUGUGAAUUGCUGGAGAAGCAGGGCAUUGAUCUCAAGGCCGAAAUGAAGAAGCGAUUGGAUAACUUGGAGGAGCAGUACAAGCGCGAGAAACUCCAGGCCGAUCAGCAGUUUGAGGAGCAGCGCAAAACCUAUGAGGCUCGGAUCGAUGCCUUGCAGAAGCAAGUGGAGGAGCAGUCGAUGACCAUGUCGAUGUACAGCAGCUACUCCCCGGAGGACUUCCACCAGGAGGAAGAUGUCUACACCAAUCCCAUGUACGAGUCCUGCUGGACAGCUCGUGAGGCUGGUUUGGCUGCCUGGGCAUUCCGCAAGUGGCGCUACCACCAAUUCACCUCUUUGCGAGACGAUCUCUGGGGCAAUGCCAUAUUCCUCAAGGAAGCUAAUGCUAUAUCCGUUGAGUUGAAGAAAAAGGUACAAUUCCAAUUUACUCUCUUGACCGACACCUUGUACUCCCCUCUGCCACCUGAGCUGGCCUCCAGUGUGGCUCCUUCGCAUCAGGACGAUGAGUUCGGAGCACCUCCAGUGUCUAAAACCUUGGUGGCCGUCGAGGUCACCGAUACCAAGAACGGAGCCACUCAUCAUUGGUCCCUGGAGAAGCUACGGCAACGUUUGGAGCUGAUGCGUGAGAUGUACCACAACGAGGCCGAGAUGAGUCCCACUUCGCCGGACUAUAAUGUGGAGAGCCUCACUGGCGGCGAUCCCUUCUACGAUCGCUUCCCCUGGUUCCGCAUGGUGGGUCGCUCCUUCAUCUAUCUGAGCAACCUGCUCUAUCCAGUGCCAUUGGUCCACAAAGUGGCCAUUGUCAAUGAGCGGGGAGAUGUGCGUGGCUACUUAAGGAUUGCCGUGCAGCCGGUUCUGGAUGAGGAGUCCAUUGACUUCAAUAAUGGUGUCAAGCAGUCGGCUCGAUUGGUCUUCAACGAGGAUGAUGCCAAGCCCAAGUACCGGGCUCUCAACGAAAAGGAUGAUGUGCAGCGUUAUAUUGACAAUGGUGGUUUGGAUAGCAAGCUGGAGGCAGAACUUGAGGAUGUGGAUUCUGGUCGCGGCAUUGACUCCAACUCCGCUUCCGAGUGCCAUGAGAAUGCCGAGGAGCCGGGCGAGCACUUGCAGGUUGGCAAGGAAUUCACCUUCCGGGUCACCGUUCUCCAGGCCACUGGCAUUGGCGCUGAAUAUGCCGACAUCUUUUGUCAGUUCAACUUCUUGCAUCGUCAUGAGGAGGCUUUCUCCACCGAGCCGGUUAAGAAUUCCGCAUCCGGUGCUCCUCUGGGCUUCUACCAUGUGCAGAAUAUUACUGUACCCGUGACCAAAUCCUUUAUCGAGUACUUGAAGACUCAGCCCAUAAUGUUCAAGAUUUUCGGCCACUACCAGACGCACCCAUUGCACAAGGAUGCCAAGCAGGAGUUCGUCUCCCGGCCACCACCACGUCGCAUGUUGCCACCGAGCAUUCCGAUUAGCCAGCCGGUGCGUAGUCCCAAGUUUGGACCACUGCCCUGUGCGCCCACGUCCACGGUUCUGGCCAAGCACGAUGUUCUGGUUUGGUUCGAGAUCUGUGAAUUGGCUCCCAACGGAGAGUAUGUGCCAUCGGUCGUGGAGCACAGCGACGAUCUUCCCUGCCGCGGACUGUUCCUCUUGCAUCAGGGCAUCCAGCGGCGCAUUCGCAUCACCAUCGUCCAUGAGCCCACAGCGGAGGUCAAGUGGAAGGACAUCAACGAGCUGGUGGUUGGACGCAUACGCAAUACUCCGGAGUCAUCCGACGAGCAGGACGAAGACGCCUGCGUCCUGUCCUUGGGUCUGUUCCCCGGCGAAGUCCUGGAGGUGCCCGGAGACGAUCGGUCUUUCUACCGAUUCGAGGCCGCCUGGGACUCCAGUCUGCACAACUCGGCGCUGCUCAACCGCGUCUCUCAAGGCGGUGAGACCAUCUACAUCACGCUGAGCGCCUACUUGGAGCUGGAGAACUGUGCCCGCCCUGCCAUUAUCACCAAAGAUCUGAGCAUGGUCAUCUAUGGACGCGACGCUCGCACCGGACCGCGCUCCCUGAAGCACCUGUUCUCGGGACAGUACCGCAAUCCGGAGGCCAAUCGCCUCACCGGAGUCUACGAGCUGGCACUGCGCAGAGCAUCCGAAGCAGGUAGUCCAGGUGUGCAGAGGCGUCAGCGUCGAGUGUUGGACACCAGCUCUACUUAUGUACGGGGUGAGGAGAACCUGCAUGGCUGGCGGCCAAGGGGUGACUCGCUGAUCUUCGACCACCAGUGGGAGCUGGAGAAACUUACCCGGCUGGAGGAGGUUGGUCGCAUGCGCCAUCUUCUGCUGUUGCGCGAACGUCUGGGCAUGGACACCAAUCCCAAUCCGACCACCAAGACCGAGAAGGAUGUGUGCAAUCUGGCCGCCCGGGCAGCCACCUCACCCGUGCACAUGGUCAUUCCACAAUCGCCGCAGACGCCGGUCAAGGAUCCGCAGCAAAUCAUUCCAGAGCGGGAGUACAACCAAAGGGAGCAGGAUCUGAUGCUCAAGUGCUUGAAGUUGGUGCAGGGACGCUAUACCAAGAGCGAGGCCAAUGAUACGCAAACCCAAUCGGAUGUUUCGCCCAGCGAUGAGGGCUGUGCCGACAUGACCGUCAGCUGCAUCUCCAGCAAUUCCAUGGAAAACAACAAAUUUGUAAUUCGACGCAGAUUAUGUUCACCGGAUCGGGCUGAUGCUCCCAAUGGCUGGGAGGCACCUGCUCCGGCUACCCAGCCGGCUCUGCCGCUUCGUCUUUAUGUGCCGGAGCUGGAGGAGAUUCGCGUGAGUCCUGUGGUGGCCCGCAAGGGUCUGUUGAACGUCCUGGAGCAUGGCGGUUCCGGCUGGAAGAAGCGCUGGGUGAUUGUCCGUCGCCCUUAUGUGUUUAUCUACCGCUCGGAGAAGGACCCUGUGGAACGGGCUGUCCUCAAUCUGGCCACUGCCCAUGUGGAGUGCAGCGAGGACCAGGCGGCCAUGGUCAAGAUACCCAACACUUUCAGUGUGGUGACCAAACAUCGUGGCUAUCUGCUGCAGACCCUUGGCGACAAGGAAGUGCACGACUGGCUGUAUGCCAUCAAUCCCUUGCUGGCUGGCCAGAUCAAAUCCCGUUUGGCGCGACGAACUUUGGAGCCGGCCAGCCAGACGGCCUCCCAGAUCCAGGCCACCAAUGCGGCGAACGCCAACAGUGCGAACAAAUGAGAUACGAUCACGAUGGAGUCCGUUUUGGUUUACUGAGACGCAGGCUAUGGCUGGCUGCAGCGCCUGAAUAUCGCCCGACGACUGGUCAGGAGGAGAUCUCAACCAACGACUGGGGCAGCAGCUGGCAACUGAUUGAUAUA